AUGGCUUCAUUACAAGGUCGGUUCUUCACCCGCAAGCAAGAACAUGUAAAGGUCACCUACGAAGGAAAAGAGGAAGAGUGGGUGAAAGUUUUAACUAUCUUUACAUACAUUGAUUUUUCAAGCAAUGUAUUUACAGGGGAAAUACCAGAUACUGUUGGAAAUCUCACAUCACUUAUUCUUCUCAACUUAUCACACAGCACUCUCAAGGGCUCAAUUCCAACAUCAUUAGGAAACUUGAAGAAGCUCGAGUCAUUAGACCUUUCACAGAACAUGCCGACAAGGAUGAUCCCGACACAACUUACAAGUCUUACAUUUAUUUCAUUCUUGAAUGUGUCAUACAAUCUUUUGUUUGGAAGAAUUCCGACAGGUUCCCAGUUUCAAACAUUCUCAGAAACUUUAUUUCUAGGGAAUCCAGGACUAUGUGGCUUCCCUUUGAACAUGAGUUACAAUAAUAUUGCUGGAGAUUCACCCCCAAUAUUCGGAGAUGGGCAUUCAAUCUUAGAGACAGAGGUUUACCUAAGUGCAGCAUUGGGAUUUAUCGUGGGGUUAGGAAUCAUCAUCUAG